AUGAUGAAGAAUCUGUCAUUCCUUUUACUCGUGUUUCUUUCACGAGCUAAGGCCAACUUUGAAAUGGGCGUCACUGGAGCAUUGGACCAGGACGACAAUACUCAAUACCAUAUGGAGGUUACCGGAGGAUUUGACUUCGAGGGCCUAACAAGUUCUUGUGGUUCCAUGACGGACUGCGGAGCGUGCACCAAUACGUAUUCCUGUCACUGGUGCAGUCAUGACAAUGCGUGUCAUGCCAAGGGCAGCUGGAGGGGUUGCUCAUGGGGUGCCACCUGUUCUGCCCCAGAACCACAAGGCUGCACUGCCCAUACUACGUGUUCUGAUUGUGCACUGGCGUCUCAUACUUGCCAUUGGUGCGCCUUUGACAAUGCCUGUCAUGCCGUUGGUAGUCCGCAUGGAUGUGCUGCCGGAGUGGACUGUUAUUCGAAUGAAAUAUGUCGGCGCAAAGAACCACAGAAAUUUCAGAGGAUUGUCACCGAAAUGCCAAUGGGAUUUAUUGCUUUUGUAGUACUUGUCAGUUUCGUCUUGAUUGUUUCCCUGUCGCUGUGCCUUGGCUUGCUGGGCACUAUGUGCGGCGGCUACCAGGAUGUGGAUAGUACGAAUGAACCAGCAUCCACGCCAUCAUCAAUCACUGGAAUUAACAUGAAUCAAAUGGCAGCGACAGAUCCAGCUUAUACAGCGGUAGCAACUGAAGCACCAGAAGGAUCAUCAUCUCAAAUGGAACAAGGCGAAAAUAUCAAUGGUCCAGCACAACAGACUGGUGAUGACGACGGAAUACCCAACCAAGAUCAAUCCACAAUAGUUGAAGGAACAGACGAUCCAAUGCAUCCACUCGAUGUUGCUGGAAGUUCUAGCAACUAUGUUCAGAUGGCUGAAAAUGCAGAGGAGGAGGAACCAAAUGAAACGGCCCGCCUACUGGAGGAUCCUCCUGGCAUUAUUGCCACUCCUCCUCCGACAGGCCCACGGCGGAUGCGCAAAGUUCCUCGGACAUGCCGAAUGAUACAGAUUGUAUCCGUUUUGUUGGUCCUCUUGCUGGCGUCCAUGUCCGUCUAUUUCUUUCCGGUCAUGCCAACCUUUUCAGUCUGCAACGACUCGAUCGGUUGGCGUAGGAUCAUUGAACACAUUAUUGCCAUGAGGAUUGACGCCAGUUUUGAAGUUUUGAUUUCCCUCUCCAACAAAAAUCGGAUUGCCGUGGCCUUGGAUCGAGGCAAUGGGACCUUUCAGUUUGAUGGUCGACCACUUGGAACCUUUGUCAUUCCACCCGUGACUGUGGAAAGUAUGGCCAUUUCGGAUCUCAUGAUUCUUGCCAAGGCGUCUCCAGAUCGGCAUCAAGCCUUGAAAAUUGUCCAAGCCUUUCGAAAUGGGCACUUGAUAUUGGAUGCCGAUUUUGAUGCUACCAUCCGACUGCCGUGGUUCUUCAAUUACACUAGAAACAUUACCGUCAAUCACUAUUUGGUGGAUGUGACGGCACCCAAAGAUCGAACACUGUGUCAAUGUCAAGAUGACACCAAGAAUUCUACUACUCCUGAAUUUCUUUUGGAUUUGAUACCAGAGUUUGAUGAACUAAUGUCGGAUUUGGAUCAUGAAAAUGAUUCUUCGUUCGUACACAACGGGGAAGUUGCACCAUAUGGAAGCCAAGCGCUAAAUUAA